AUGAACGAAAAAAUUAUUAAGGAGAAAUUGUUGGUUUCUAUUAGCCAUCUAAAUAAUCGAAAGCUAACAUUCAACUUGAAAACAUUUCCUAUAAAUAAAACAAUAUGUGAAAUAUUUAACAUUUAUACAAAGGUGUUUAAGGAAAAGUUAAAAACUGCAAUAAAUGAAUUAAAAACCCGGAAAACAAAUUGUGAUAUAUGCUCAGAGGCCAUUGAUCAAGCUCACCUUUCACUUUUAUAUAAUGUAGACAUAACCACGACUACAUUUUUAUUCGAAAAAAUAGAGGUCUGCUGCUCAAAAUGCUAUAUGAUAAGAAAUUUUUCCCUUUUUUCAAACGAGUUAUAUGAAAAUGAAGACCCAAGCGCAUUUUUAAAUUUUUCUCCAAUCUAUGAACAUUAUUAUAAUGUAAACAACUUAAAUAGGGAGCAUAAAGAUAUCUUAAUAAACGAUAUUAACAUUUUCUUUUCCCUUUCAGUUUUAGCAAAAAACAUACGAUGGAAAUAUAGUACUUCCCACGAUACGCUAGAUGAAUUUUUAGAUUCAUCUAUGGAAGGUAGCAAUAAAUUGGAAAAAAUAGAAGUUGAUAAUAAAGAAAUAUAG